AAGUUAGAACCUAAGAUAUUCUUUGCUAACGAAAGAACGUUUAUCUCCUGGCUCCAGUUUAGCGCCUUCUUGCUCACCAUGUCAUUAGCUCUUAUUAAUUUUGGAGAUCAUGUUUCUCGUACAAGUGGAGGAAUCUUUAUUAUGAUCGCUGUCAUUCUUGCGGGCUAUGCUCUAUUACGAUUUCAGUAUAGGGCAUGGCAGAUUAGAUUUAGAAGCAGUAGCAGAUUUGAUGAUAUGUAUGGACCAGCCAUUAUCUGCUUUGUUUUUGUUCUCGCCCUACUUGUUAACUUUGGGUUACGCGUUAGUCAG